AUGGGUGACACUCUUCGAGCGCAGAAGCCCACGCUGAACGGGCCCACGCCUCCAAUGAAACGUGCACCACCUAAACGGACCCAGCCUGAACAACCGCGGCUGAGCCAGCCCCAGAAUGUUGAUGGGCCUGGCAAUGGUGCCCCUGGCGAAAACCGCAACAACGGGAUUGGUGGUGGGUCCGGGAUCGCCAACGCCGCCCCUGGGCUGUCUCGCCUGAACUCCCAGGCGUUCUUGUUCAACCCAGGCCGCCAGGACUCCAUGCUGACGCUUCUCAGCACCUACCCGCUUCCCAACACGCAGCAGCCCGGCGCCCAGAAACGUCUGCUCAACAACGACGCUUCAUUUCCCUCCUACUACAUGGGCGGGCCUCGUGACUCGGUAGGCGGGGCCAACAUGGCUCAGUUGAUGGACACGCCUCACCUGGGCCGUCUACGGGGCGACUCGAUCUUCUUGCCGCCUCCCGUGAGCUCCAAGCAUCAAGACGAGAGCCCCAGUCUGAUGGGCCAAGGUUUGGGGUCGAGCCAACCUGGCCAGAGCCAGAGUGUGUACCAGCCGCAGUUGUCAGGGCAGCUGCGGUCCAAUAGCAUCUUUAGCUCGCUCAUUCAGAUUCCUGGGUCGCUGGGCAACUCGAUCUCGGGUCCAUCCAAAAACGAAUCUUCAACCAAGAAGGAUGAGUAUGCUGGCCACGACAAUAAAGAUAGUAUCAGCCAGAUGUGGUGGAACAGUGCGCAGCUGCAGCUGCUGCUGCAGCAGCCGAAGGCGUCGAAAGGGUCGAAGCUUUCGUUUGACUUGCCCAACUCCUUCUUGGAGAACUCAGGUCUCAUGGGGUCGAUUGCAGGUAUGUCUAACGACAGCAUCAAUGCAUUUUUGUCGAGUAUACAAAACAACAGCUCUGUCGAUUUCAACAGCAUGAGCGACCAACAGCGGCGGGACUCCAUACUAAAGUUCAUCAAUGACCAGCAAAUACCAAGAGAGCUGCAACAACAACCGCGGAAAAGCUCUCUGAAAGCCACUCUUCGAGAGGACAUCUUCGACAAGUCGAGAGGCAGCGCAUCUACUCAGCACUCUCAUGGCCAGCGCAAGCUGAGUCUCGGCAUGUCUGACCCAUCAAGACUCUCUCCACUGUCGUCGAUGUCGUCGAAGUCUUCAAACCGGUACCACGAUGAACCCCAGUCACCAAAGACUUCCCCAAGUCAGAUGAAACGCACCUUAGAUCCUUCAGAAACGUUUUCACUUCCGCCUAAUCUGCAAUACCCUUCAACUACCCACCCUGCAUCGAUUCAGAAGCCUGUCACUAAUGCAAACUACUACCAGCAAGCCGGAUACCAGUACCCUCUUUACAACGACGCUUUCUCUCCGGAGCAUAAACAGCCCACAUCCCAUCAGCAACAACAACAACGCCAGCAACCUCGUGGGUCGCCUCGGCGACAGGGCCAGUACCCAGACCCUCAGAAUCUCCAAGGUUUGCAAUACCAGAAUCAGCAAAUUCCCAUGUACAACCAGCUUCAGCAGCAGCAGCAACAACAACAACAGCAGCAGCAAACGCCACAAGGGUACACGCUUCCGCAGAAUGCUCAGAACGCCUACCUGCCUCAGAUGUUCAAGAAUCCUUCACAAUUAUCUCCUGGAAACAAGAAUUACUCUUAUGGAAUGGAACAUCGAGAUCCAUACUCUUUGCAGCAGCAGCAGCAACAACAACAACAAAAGGGCAACUUGUUGCCUGCUCAGCAGAUUGCGCGUGCUGAAGAUGGUAGACCUCUUCUCGGAGCUACCAAAGUUGACCAGCUCAUGCUUGUAAUUCAAGCAAGAGAAAAAGGCAACACCGGUGCUAUCAAACAGGCAGAGGACGGGAGUAUUUUGGCGCUGCCCAACGCGAGUCAUGAUAAAAAUGCUGUGAUACCGCUGACAGUAGACUUGGUGGGCGGCAUUGAGAAGCCUGUCAAGGAAGAAGAUGCUCAAGGUGGGCCUGAACGGAAGAAGAAACGGAAGGGUAAAACGCAACAAUGCCCUUAUUGUUUCAAGACGUUUAAUCAGUCGACCCAUCUUGAAGUGCACGUUCGCUCCCACAUUGGCUAUAAACCGUUCCAGUGCUCCUACUGUUUGAAGCGGUUUACACAAGGAGGUAACUUGAGAACGCAUAUGAGGCUUCAUACUGGAGAGAAACCGUUUACUUGCGAGGUGUGUAAUCGCUCUUUCAGCAGAAAGGGUAAUCUUGCUGCUCAUAUGUUGACCCACAACAAGGAGAAGCCAUACGAGUGCAAGCUAGAUAAUUGCGACAAGUCGUUUACUCAGCUAGGCAAUUUGAAGUCUCAUCAGAACAAGUUCCAUUUGCCCACGUUGAACCGACUCACGCAAACUUUGGCUGAACUUAGUGGCGACGCCCUUGAACGUCUACCAGAAGAGGAAAAAGAGCUUCCCAACUACUUCCGCAAGCUCUACAAGAACCUGAAUAAAGGGAUUCGUGGGCGUGGUCGAGGCGGGAAACCGCCAGGAGAAGAGGGUGUGUCUGCCGAGCUGAGCAUCCAGCUGAGCCCGCAGCAGCUAGGUAUUACCCCAGCUACAACAACAGGCAACGGACAAGCACACCUUCCGUUAAACCAACAAGGGCUGCUGCUCAUGCCUGCGUCAGGCGUCCCACAACACGAAGGCUACUAG